AUGCCCUUCCACCUCCCCAACCCGUUCAAGUCCCACCGUGGCUCGUCGAGUGUCGAUGGCCAUGUAUCGGUCGGCUACUUCCCCAACUGGUCGAUUUACCAGCGUGGGUACAAGCCGAACAACGUCCCGGUUGCGGACCUGACACAUAUUCUGUACGCUUUUGCGAACAUCAAUGCCGAGGAUGGCACCGUGUUCCUCUCGGAUACGUGGGCAGACCAGGAGAUUAAGCACGAAGGCGAGCGCGACCUCGGCGAAGGCAACCUCUACGGCAACUUUCACCGUUUCCUCGAGGCCAAGAAGCAGCAUCGCCAUCUGAAGCUCCUGCUCUCGAUCGGCGGCUGGUCGUACUCGGGCAACUUUAAAGGCCUUGGUGACGGACACAAGCGCCGUCGUUUCGUCGAUUCGGCCGUCAAGCUGCUGGCCGACAACGGCCUCGACGGCCUCGACAUCGACUGGGAGUACCCUGAAUCGCGCGACGAGGCGCGUGUCUAUGUCGACCUGCUGCGUGAGCUGCGCCAGGCGCUCAACGAAUACGGUUCGCGUGCUACGCCGCAGGAGCCACACUACCUUCUUACGAUUGCCGCGCCGUGCGCGCCGCAAAAGAUGGAGACGCUCGAUGUGCGUGGUAUGGACCAGUCGCUCGACUUUUGGAACCUGAUGGCCUACGACUUUUCGGGCUCGUGGGACAGCAAGGCAAAUGCCCAGGCGAACAUGUUUGGCUCGGAUCUCUCGGCGGACCGUGCCGUGCAGUUCUUCCGCAAGGCUGGCGUGCACCCCAGCAAGCUUGUGCUUGGUGUGCCGCUGUACGGCCGCGGCUUUAACCAGACCCAGGGCCCCGGCCAGCCGUACGGCAGCGUGGCCCCCGGCUCGCUCGAGGCGGGUGUGUACAGCUACAAAGAGCUGCCGCUGCAAGGCGCGCAGGAGAGCUUUGAUGCCCGUGCGGGUGCGGGCUGGUCGUUUGACCCCAGCCAGGGCCAGCUCAUUUCGUACGACACGCCUGCGUCGGCAGACGCCAAGGCCGAGUACAUCCAGAAGCAUGGCCUUCUCGGCGUGAUGUUCUGGGAGCUGAGCGGCGAUGUACCGACGCACAGCGACCGCUCGCUCGUGCGCCGUUUCCGCGAACGCCUCUCUCCGUUGGACACGAGUGCGAACCACAUCCACUACCCCGAGAGUGCGUUUGAAAACGUGCGUCAGGGCUAA